CAGCGGGUCAGCGUCAUAACAAACCACAACGCGUGAACGCUGAGCUGGACGAGACUUGCUUGAGUGAUACAGACUACUGGAUGGCCUAUAGACUACAGCUUGCAUCUCCUCUGCUUCUUGGAUGAGCCAGCUGCCUGAGCUAGAAUGCGCCUGCUGCUUUACAGACGUUCGCGCCGAUGAACUUGCGCAGUGCAACGAGGGCCAUCUAUACUGCAAAGAAUGCCUUGAACAGCUUGCCUCUCAUGCAAUAGGCAGUAACGACUAUGCGGCAAUGCACUGCGUCGAUCAAAGCGGCUGUAAGGCUGAUUUCUGUAUACAGCAACGCCAGCAGUUCCUAGACAGAACCAAAAUGCAGGCCCUCGACAAGCUGGAAGCCCUUGCGAGUGUGCUCAAAGCCUCGUCAACGGACCUCAAGAAUUGUUCCUUCUGUGGCGAAGCGCGAAUCGUUGAUGGAGGGGAGACUGUGUUUGACUGCCCAAAUCUCGACUGCCGCAAAAAGACUUGCCUUUCUUGCGAGAAGGAAGCACAUACCGGCAAGUCAUGUGAAGAUGCAGCGAAUAAUGAUCAAUCGGCUGCUCAACAUCGGGUCGCUGAUCAAAUGACUGAAGCACUGGUCAGAACCUGUCCUGGCUGCAAAACGCUUUGUCAAGGAAGAUGGAUGCAACCUCAUCACAUGUCGUUCCUGUAGAACAAAGACUUGCUAUAUCUGCAAGGCGGUGGUGAGUGGUUAUGAGCAUUUUGGCAAGUGUCCUCUAUGGGACAAAGGCAUCAACAGACAUGACCAAGAAAUCAAAGCAGCCAGGGAAAAGGCGAUCCGCACUGAAGAGGUCGAGCAAAACAAGUCUCUGGAGAGAGAAUUGUUC